AUGUGCUGUCCUCAUGGAAGCGGCUGGCCCUCCGAGAGGGACGCCAAUUUCGACCCUCGGGCUGUGGUGACGGCGGCAGGUCUGGGGCGGCAGCGAGAGGAGGUCGCCCUGACGAUAAUGCCAGCCGAAUCAGCCUUUCUGUUAUUCAUGGUCACUUGUCGGGCUGCCAUUGCAGCUACUGAACCUAUGUGUAAUAUGUGUUUAGAGAAGCGAGGUGCCGUAAUCAUUGCGCCCGCCCUGUAUCAGCAUUUAGUCGUGAAUUGUCUGCAGUUUUGCGCCGCGUGUUUGUGUUCUGAUUUAUGUAGCGGGGAUGCAUCGACAGUCACCAAAACAGGAAGCAGCGCCGCCACAAGUGUUGAUCCAACAGCACCCGCAGUCCCUUCCACGAUUCCGUCGCCGCCGCGCAGCUUCCCAGAAGAAGCCUGGCAGAUGGGCGCUUUCUCAGGAUUGUUCGCCUGGUCCCACGUUGCUCUCAACAGUGCUGUUAGCCGCUGGGAGCAACGGCGGACAGAUAGAUACGUUCUGUGCCUAUGGAAGGUGAUCGAGGGAGCCCGCGAUUUCAACUGUCUCGGCGAGGACUCCCUCUGCUCUUCCUCCGGAGGCCGAGUGAGGAUGCCAGGCGACGACCGCGGGUCCCCCUCAUCCCUCACUGACCUGGACUCAGCGCUCGGAGGCUCCGCCGCUUCGCCGGACUCCACCAGGAAGUCGAACAGUGGCUGCUCGAGCAUGAGUGACCGGGAAGAAGAAAACUUUGAGUGUUACGGCGAGGCUGAUGACAUUGAGUGUGAUUCUGACUCAGCCAGGAUGGGAGAUGACCUAGAUGGCAGUAUAAGAAGUCCACCUCAUUCUCUACCCCCUAGUAACUUUAGUCGCAGGAAUUCCUGGGUUAGAAGGUCAUUACGAGGCUCUCCAUCCAGCGCACAGGAGAAAAUCGUCCCUCCCCGACGGUGGGGUUCCUUCAGACACGCCCCUAAGCGGGUAGGAGGCACCGCGGUGGCGUCGCAGCUGUACCGCACGUCUUCCUUCUCCUCGGGCCGUUCCUCCGCCGCCGAUCAGGAAGAUAUGUACUCUGACGCUUCCCUUGAGGACGACGUGCUCGACCUCAACCACAAGGUCAGACUCCCCUGCCUGCCCAUGCAAACGGUGCUUUCCCAGAGUGCCUGGUGGAGGUGGUGGCGGCGCAUGCUUUCUGCUUUCUAGAGGGGUUCCUCUUCCCUAGAACACUUUCAUGGCCUUUUCUCUCUUUUUUGCAGAUUCAUCUGUGAUCGCUUUCUUACUAGUAUCGUUCUGUUUUAGUUUCAGAAUUUGGGAUUUUGCAAUGUUGUUCUUUCCUAUAACAUUCACUGCUUGUAGUCUUGUGCUGUAGCCAAUUUUUACACAUUUGAAUCUACUGCUUGCGGGUGCUACGUUAGAAUUGGUAGAGGCGAUGAAGCCGCAUUAUUGUAGCUGUAGUUCGGGCACUAAC